AAUACUGUAGGUCUUAGAACAGCUGAUGGGAUGGUAGAGUAUAAUACUGUAGGUCUUAGAACAGCUGAUGGGAUGGUAGAGUAUAAUACUGUAGGUCUUAGAACAGCUGACUGGAUGGUAGAGUAUAAUACUGUAGGUCUUAGAACAGCUGAUGGGAUGGUAGAGUAUAAUACUGUAGGUCUUAGAACAGCUGAUGGGAUGGUAGAGUAUAAUACUGUAGGUCUUAGAACAGCUGAUGGGAUGGUAGAGUAUAAUACUGUAGGUCUUAGAACAGCUGAUGGGAUGGUAGAGUAUAAUACUGUAGGUCUUAGAACAGCUGAUGGGAUGGUAGAGUAUAAUACUGUAGGUCUUAGAACAGCUGAUGGGAUGGUAGAGUAUAAUACUGUAGGUCUUAGAACAGCUGAUGGGAUGGUAGAGUAUAAUACUGUAGGUCUUAGAACAGCUGAUGGGAUGGUAGAGUAUAAUACUGUAGGUCUUAGAACAGCUGACUGGAUGGUAGAGUAUAAUACUGUAGGUCUUAGAACAGCUGAUGGGAUGGUAGAGUAUAAUACUGUAGGUCUUAGAACAGCUGAUGGGAUGGUAGAGUAUAAUACUGUAGGUCUUAGAACAGCUGAUGGGAUGGUAGAGUAUAAUACUGUAGGUCUUAGAACAGCUGAUGGGAUGGUAGAGUAUAAUACUGUAGGUCUUAGAACAGCUGAUGGGAUGGUAGAGUAUAAUACUGUAGGUCUUAGAACAGCUGAUGGGAUGGUAGAGUAUAAUACUGUAGGUCUUAGAACAGCUGAUGGGAUGGUAGAGUAUAAUACUGUAGGUCUUAGAACAGCUGAUGGGAUGGUAGAGUAUAAUACUGUAGGUCUUAGAACAGCUGAUGGGAUGGUAGAGUAUAAUACUGUAGGUCUUAGAACAGCUGAUGGGAUGGUAGAGUAUAAUACUGUAGGUCUUAGAACAGCUGACGGGAUGGUAGUGUAUAAUACUGUAGGUCUUAGAACAGCUGGGGGUAGUUUGUGUGCGCUUUGUUUGCCCCGAGAGAGGGAAAAUGAUUUAGCUUUGUGUUAUUUGACAAACACACACACACACUCAAGUAUAUUUGGUUAUAGGAUUUUUACUUUCCAUAUGUACCAAGCAAGGAGAAAGUGUUGUGCUAGAGGCUUCUAAUUUCAUUAUGCUUUUCUGACAACAGUCUGAGUCAAUAUUUUCCUAACAUUCUUCAUUGUACAGGUCUGUCUUGUCUUGGUCUAAGGAGAGGGAUACGUCUUAUUGCUAUUAUAAACUGGUUACCAA